GUUGAACUGUUGAACUCUGUGUAACCCGUGGCGAGAUAAUCCAGGCAGAUCACAGCCUGGGUCCCUCCUCUGCGCUUCCCCACUGGCACUGUCACUUCUACACCCAGCUCUAUGACUGUACGAAAAGGAAAAAGUUUAGCCAUCUCCAUCCAGGAGCACAUGGCCAUCGAUGUAUGUCCGGGCCCCAUCCGCCCUAUCCGUCAAAUCUCUGCCUACUUCCCUCGCCUCUCGCCCACUUCCUCCUUUUCUGAACCGCUCUCACCCAAUCAGGUGGCAGCUCCCGCUGCCCUCAGCCCUGGCGGCGUAGGCCAAGGAGGUGGGGCCGUUAGUGGAGGAGGGAGCAGCAGCCUGUUGUCACCACUGUUACCAGGGGUGGCGGGCGGAGGGGGCUCACUGUCAGCCAUGAGCAGCAUGGACACCUCCAUCGAGAUCGACAGCUGUGACAGCGAUGAUAACACCUCCUUGGGGACGUUAGAGUUUGACCUACUGUAUGAGAGAGCCACCAGCUCCUUACGCUGCACAGUCCUGAGAGCAAAGGGUCUGAAACCGAUGGAUUUCAACGGUUUAGCUGAUCCUUACGUCAAGCUGCACCUGCUGCCGGGAGCCUGCAAGGCCAAUAAACUGAAAACCAAGACUGUUCGCAACACACUGAACCCCGUGUGGAACGAGACCCUCACCUACUGUGGAAUCACAGAGGAAGACAUGUACCGCAAAACACUCCGGGUGUCCGUGUGUGACGAAGACAAGCUGACACAUAAUGAGUUCAUUGGGGAGUCGCGAGUGGCCCUGCGUCGUGUGAAGCCUGACCAGACCAAACACUUUAACAUCUGUCUGGAGCAUCCACCUCCUCUGCCUUCACCGACUGCGAUGAGCACAGCCCUGAGAGGAAUCUCCUGCUACUUGAGAGAGUGGGAGACUGAGCAGCAGAGAAGUCUAGAGGAGAGAGGCCGUUUACUGCUCUGCCUGCAGUACCUCCCCCCUGCUGGUGACAGCGAUGUGAAGGGAGAGGCCAAGGAGAGGGCUCGUGGCGGGCUGUGUGUGGGCGUCAAACGAUGCGCCCACCUGGCGGCUAUGGACGUCAAUGGCUACUCAGACCCUUACGUUAAAACGUACCUCAAGCCAGAUGUUCAGAAGAAAUCCAAGCACAAAACAGCGGUCAUAAAAAAGACUCUCAACCCGGAGUUUAAUGAGGAGUUCUUCUAUGAAAUCACCUUCUCAGAGUUAGCCACCAAGACGCUGGAGGUCACAGUGUGGGACUACGACCUGGGAAAGUCCAAUGACUUCAUAGGCGGCGUAUCCUUAGGGUGUCACUCACAGGGAGACACUCUGCAGCACUGGAUAGACUGUCUGAAGAACAAGGGCAAGAAGGUGGAGCGCUGGCACACGCUGACCAACGAGCUGCCGGGCUCCACACUGCAGGAAUGAACUGAUCCUCUUCCACUGCACUGACACUAGAGAGACCGAUCUGAAGACUCGGGAUGACGGGGGGCGCUUCAUCGCAUGCUCUGAGGAUUUUUUGCAUGACUAUGGAGGAUUUCAUUAUCCUACUUACUUUGUGUCAUAAAUGAGAACAUAAUUCAUAACAACAUACCCAAGGGGUCACAUUCAGAGAUCAAUAAAUACACCUGAUGCAAUUAUGGGGAACCACCCCCACUAUAUGAGAAUUUUCAUGCUCAUAUUCAUGGGGAUCCAUGUCCCUUUUUUGGAUUUAAAGUCAGUCUAAAUGCUCCAAACUGGUCAGAUCUCAAUCAACAAUUGAAAUCAUGCAAGAAAAUACAAACAGGGAGAAAGCUGAAUUAUUAUGCAGUUUGUCCCUUGUGUCAGGUUUACUUGAUCUUAUUACACCCGUCCUGUUCUUUUCAUUAAUUGCUGACAUUAAAACUCCAUUCUUAUGACCAUCUGUCUCACAGCGCACAUACCUCUCCCUUGCAAUAAUGUUUUGCCUAAUGCUUCCGAAGAUUGCCAAGUGGUCUUAAUACUGACAGACAUUUUGUCUCUACCGGUCUGAUCACCAUUGUAUUGCAGACAGCACAACCCAAUAAGAUAAUUGGUUCUUCCACUUUGAUGGUUUGUGUCAGUUAUUUGCAUGUUUGGUGUUGAUGGAGCAAACUAAAAAGACAAAUAUGUGCCAGGCUCUGCUGCAGGAUGAAAUAUUCAUCAUUGUAUUGUUCCCAAUUCUCCUGAAGUGUGUUGCUCUGAUUAACAAUAUAAUUUUUAUUUAAUUCAACAGUUUAAAAAAAAAAAUGUUGUUCACAGUUGUAUAAAUGUGUCCGCUUUAAUAUCACUGUGUCAGUUUCUUGUUGGUGACACAUUGAUGAACCAAAUUUUGCUUCUCAAGCCCUGAUUUGAUCGUAAGAGAACGGAAGCGAUUGUUUUGUGGAGAGAUGUGCAUGGUCGUACUCUGAAUACAAUCAUCAGCCUUUGUUGAAUAUCUAACUUACACAUAUGGAUGGUGUAAAGAGCACAGUGUUGUUUCCGCAGCUGCUGCUUGACUAUGAAUUGCAUUAACCAAGCUGCAGGUUUUGUCUCGGUCUCAUGUGGUUAAAGAGGCAUGCUGAAAACACCAGUGGUGUUCAUGUGUAAAUAUAUAUUGUGUGUCACUUGCUUUGGAUGUUUGUCUUUUGGAACUGAA